UUGUUAAGAACUGUCCUCAGAUAGAAAGAAUAAAUGUCAGAAAUAAUCUUCUAACUAAUCUAGAAUUUCUAAGUUUACUUGAUUUAAGAAAACUUAAGUUAGUAGAUGUUGGUCUCAACAAAAUUUUAGAAA